CAACCCAUACCCCGGAUUUCUCGCUGUCCCCAACUGUCGCGAGAACGGUGCUUAAUGUUUUGACCUGUAGAGGUCCUCACUUUUCGUCAUGGCGCUGAAGGUGGCGAUAGCUGCUGGCGGUGCUGCAAAGGCAAUGCUCAAGCCAACUCUCCUCUGCCGUCCUUGGGAGGUUCUGGCUGCCCAUGUGGCCCCCCGAAGGAGCAUUUCCUCACAACAAACAAUUCCUCCAUCUGCUAAGUAUGGUGGGCGGCAUACAGUGACUAUGAUCCCAGGGGAUGGCAUCGGCCCAGAGCUCAUGUUGCAUGUUAAGUCUGUAUUCAGGCAUGCAUGUGUGCCAGUGGACUUUGAAGAGGUGCAUGUAAGCUCCAAUGCUGAUGAGGAGGACAUCCGCAAUGCCAUCAUGGCCAUCCGCCGGAACCGUGUGGCCCUCAAGGGCAACAUCGAAACAAAUCAUAACCUGCCACCAUCCCACAAAUCCCGAAACAACAUCCUUCGCACCAGCCUAGACCUCUAUGCCAACGUCAUCCAUUGUAAGAGCCUGCCAGGAGUGGUGACCCGGCACAAGGACAUAGACAUCCUCAUUGUACGGGAAAACACAGAAGGCGAGUACAGCAGCCUGGAGCAUGAGAGCGUAGCAGGAGUGGUGGAGAGCUUGAAGAUUAUCACCAAAGCCAAGUCUCUGCGCAUUGCUGAAUAUGCUUUCAAGCUGGCCCAGGAGAGUGGGCGUAAGAAAGUGACGGCUGUGCACAAGGCCAACAUCAUGAAACUGGGUGAUGGACUCUUCCUCCAGUGCUGCAGAGAAGUAGCAGCCCACUACCCUCAGAUCACCUUUGACAGCAUGAUUGUAGACAACACAACAAUGCAGCUGGUAUCCCGGCCUCAGCAGUUUGAUGUCAUGGUGAUGCCUAAUCUCUAUGGUAACAUUGUCAACAACGUCUGUGCAGGGCUAGUUGGAGGCCCAGGCCUUGUGGCUGGGGCCAACUAUGGCCAUGUGUAUGCAGUAUUCGAGACAGCUACAAGGAACACAGGCAAAAGUAUUGCCAAUAAGAACAUUGCUAACCCGACUGCCACACUGCUAGCAAGUUGCAUGAUGCUAGACCACCUCAAGCUCCACUCCUAUGCCACUUCCAUCCGCAAAGCUGUCUUAGCAUCCAUGGACAAUGAAAAUAUGCAUACCCCAGAUAUUGGAGGCCAGGGCACCACAUCUCAAGCCAUCCAGGACAUCAUUCGUCACAUCCGCAUCAUUAAUGGACGGGCUGUGGAGGCUUAGCUAUCCGUACAGUUUUGCUCAGCCUGUCUUUAGGACUCCCUUCUCACUUUAGCACUCCAGAUAGCUUGGGGGACAGGAUCCAGAAUAAAGCCACUUCUGUUCCAGAA